AUGACGCGGCUUCUUAAUUCACGAGCUUCGCACCAUUUCUCUACCUCCCUCCCUCCCCCUUUCCGCUCUCCUCUCCGCGACGUCGCCAUCGGCUGCAGCAACAUCGGUGUUUGCGGUGGUGGUGUUAGCGGCGGUCUAUUCCCGUCAUACGGAGCCAAGAAAUUGUCACCCCACAUCCUUCUUAUGCUCACUCUAUUUUCUGCUCGACAGACGAUAGUACAGGAGCCAUGGAUAGCGGGUUCCGUGCGUACGGUGAGCUCAGUCCAAUCAGACACAGCGGCGGCAGCGCGCCUCCCUGAUUUGACAAGUCCCGCCACCUCCGCUUCAAGCAUUCUCACCGAGGUGAGAACUCAAGGCAAGCCAGUGAUGGGGCUGAGACAGCACAUCCAGACCCGAAAACCGCGCAUCCUCUCACAGGCUCAGCUUUCACAGUCCUGUAGUGGUGUGGGUGUCAACGGAAACCGGCCUCAAAGAGACAGCACUCAGAGUCCUCAAAUUUCUCAGCCGAUUUCAGAGUUCUCACUAAACUUUGAGGCUACGGAGCAGGCGGGUAGAUUGUCCAAAGCUUCCUUCGCCUGUGAUGACCGCGUGGGGCAGCUCCAGUACCCCACCUCGACGGUUCGGAAGGGUAUCUUCGAUUGUGCAGACCAAAUGUGCGCCACAAUCAGGCAGUGGUUUUUCGGAUGCAGUGUGCUUAGUGGAGAAGCAAGCACCACCCCCACUGCCACAUCCCCACUUGCGUCUGUGCUGCGCGCUUUCGACCCUGAAAGCGACCAGAUCCGAGUCCGUGCGCAGCCGCAUUCGUCAGCAUGGUCCGAGCGUACCUCCUCGGUUCCGCAUAGUUGUCGCAGCGGCGACAAUAACAGGGGCAGUGAAACGGCCACGGCAGCUUUGGGGGGAACAGGAGGGGAUGAGGCUGAGCCACAGUGGGUGCGCUAUUGUGUAAGCUGUUGCUUAGGGGCCACCGACACCGGUGGAGGCGGGGGUAUUUCCCCCUCGGUGGGGGUAGCCCAGACCCUUUUGACCGGUCUGGCAGGAGCGGCACCUUACCCGCGGCUUGCAGAUGUCGCACGGUGCUCUCUCCUAGCCUGUGAGCAGCGCGAGGCGCUAUGUGCUCGGCAGGAUGCCGAAAUCGCUGUCCUUGAAGCCUCUUUGGCUGAGGCGAAGGCUACUGGUAAUCAGCUCCACUGUCGUCUCAGCCAAAUUGAGGCCUCAUGGGGUGCUGCUAACCGCGCUGCUGAAUUGGCCGACAUGGCUCUUGAGACUAGCGGUGUGCUUGUGCAUCUGUACUCCUCGGAACUGGCUCUGUUACUGCAUAAACAACCACACACUGAGAGGCGUCCGAAAUCAAGGAAAUCACUUCAGGACAGGUCUUUCGGACGCCAUUCGCUGUCUAGAUCCGCAUUCACUAGCAGUUCCACAUCAACCUCUUCCUCGUCAUCAUCUUGUUCCUCCUCCUCCGGGGACGAACCCCAACGAUCCUGCAAAGCCUCAAGUGCCUCUGUAGUACCGGCCAGUUGCCACCACGUUGCUUCGGUGAAAAAGAGCAUUGGCCGACAGAUCCAGCCACCCGCUGCCACCAGUGAUAGCGGAAGCAAUGUCUAUGCUCUCUAUGCAAUGAAUGAAAAAUCCUCCGACGAGGCCUUGCACCUUUCUAUACCAACUUGGAUCCCGCCCCAUGCCGUGCAUCAAACCGAGCUGACAGCCCUGCAUCUGCUCGGCCGAUUCGCAUCCACAUCAGAGCCCUUUCUAAAGCCUGAAAGUCUCAAUUCCACAAUUGUAGAAGACUUUGGUCAUAGCACCACCAAUGGUAAUCGCAGCACGGCGACGGGGACAGAAAGCGGGCUAGGAGCGGAGUCUGGAGGCAGCAGCUCAGGUAUGGGGGCUCAUGGGGUGUACACAAAUGCUUGGGGCAUCGCUACCAGACCUGCUGCCUCCACACGACAUGCCUUCAAGUCUGGUGGGGGGGGCGAUUGUGGUUGGCAGACACCCGACUCCGGUGCGGACAGUUUCAGCACCAACGAUCACACCGCCAGCACUGCGGCCACCAAAGCCACUGCGAGCCUUGCGGUCAUAGCUGGCGUACCGAACACACAUACCUGCGCCUCCUGUUCCUCCAACUCUUCUUCCUCUUCUGCCGCCGCCGGUGCUGUAGUUAUCAACUCAGGCGUAGGUGCGGGAGUAUCCGAUGCUACUGCUGUGCUCCACGACGUUAAUGUGUGGACUCGAGUGAAGGAGAUGAGGUUGCGCCAUAUUUUGGAUCAGAUUAUUUGGGAACGAAUGCUGGUGAGAAGCACCAUCGCUGUAGGCGUCAACAACCUCGAAGCCGGUUGCUCGGGAGUUCCGCGGGGUGGAGAAUCCCACUACGUGAAACCAUAUACUGGAAGUGAGAUUUUGAUAACCUUGUUUGGGGACGCCUUUUCACCUACCCAUCUCCACCCCCCUGCCUACCUAUUCACCACCGCCAUCUACCCGCACAUGCACACGCACACGCAGAUGCGCUCGCCACCAACCCUUCCAAACACGCUUUUCCAAAUCGCAUUUGUGUGCAUGUGUUUAGCAGACCCCAGUGAGUCACGGCGGGUUCUUACGCGGGCGUGGGUCGUCUUCGCCUCUAAAGGUCAGCACGAUCCAAAUGCCUCAGGCUCUCUCUCUAUACCUGCCUACAGUGAAGGUGGACCCAUGGGUAUGACGACACAGGACUCCAGAGACCCUGCAAUUUCAAACCGACUCAACGCACUCUUCAUGGUGGAUACGGCAGCUCUGAUGCAGGACCUAUGCUCAGUGAAGGAGGAUAGGGCGAAGUUAAAGGUGCAUAAUUACAUAAUGGAGAAGGAGUUACGGGCGAUUCAACUGAGUCACCAGCGUCACUGCCUUUUGGAGUCCACCCUGCGAUCGCAAUUGAACGCCCUGCAAAUUGAUCGUAAUCUCCAAAUGCUUAAGGCAUCGGAUCGCAGUGGCAUCCCGAAUCCACUCGCACAACAGAUCGAAAGUAUGCAAUCAGCAUUCGAAUCCCUUCGAAAAGGCGCCGAGCACCACCAAACCCAGAGCGAGGAGCUUGUCAACGACCUGAAGCAAGCAAAUGCAGCCCUCAUCACAGCCUUUGAGAAGGCCAAGUCCAAGUACCUUGCGCGCAUUCGAAAACUUGAGAGCCAAAUCCUGGCUCCCUCAUCCACACUGAUGGUAUCUCGACCUGCCUCAUCCACUGCUUUCGCUCCCACCAAGCACACCAUCUCCACACAACCUCCCAUGGUUCCGGCUCACAAGGCGGCCCAUCCGGAACCUCCCUUACCUCCCCUGUCACCCUCGCCGGCGUCCGACGUCUAUGAGGUUAUCCAAGACUCACACGUUGGUCCCGUAACCAUCAGGAAGAAUCCCGGCCAGCCCCUCCUCAAUGCGACAACUUCAGGAGAUGCUACUUCGCAGAAUAGUUGCUACUCUCUGGUGCGAACCAGAACUGGCUCUGCAGAUGAUAACACUACACAACCGGGUCGCUUUCCACCGUCCUCUCCCUCCAUUCUUCCUUCCUGUUCUGCAACUACUGUGCCUGCUGUAUAA